AUGGCGCUGAGUAUUCGUAAAGCGAUCGGGGUGGUCAAGGACCAGACGAGCAUCAGCAUAGCGAAGGUAGCGAGCAACAUGGCUCCAGAUCUGGAAGUCGCGAUCGUCAAAGCCACGAGCCACGACGACGAUCAGUCAACCGAGAAGUACAUCCGGGAGAUCCUGAGCCUAACAUCACUCUCCCGCGGCUACGUCCACGCCUGCGUCACCUCCGUCUCACGCCGCCUCGGGAAAACGCGCGAUUGGAUCGUCGCCCUCAAGGCCCUGAUGCUCGUCCACCGUCUCCUCAACGAAGGGGACCCGCUCUUCCAGGAAGAGAUCCUCUACGCCACUAGACGAGGUACGCGGAUUCUCAACAUGUCUGAUUUCCGCGACGAGGCUCAUUCUAGCUCCUGGGAUCACUCUGCUUUCGUUAGAACGUAUGCUAGUUACUUGGAUCAGAGGCUCGAAUUGGCUCUCUACGAGAGGAAAGGGAGAAACGGCGGUGGUAGUAGUCAUCAAAGCAACGGAGACGAUGGUUACGGUGGUCGGUCUAGGGACGAUUUCCGAUCUCCGCCGCCUCCGAGAACUUACGAUUACGAGAAUGGUAAUGGUAAUGGUUAUGGUAUGCCUAAGAGGUCUCGGUCUUUUGGAGAUAUGAGUGAGAUCGGAGGAGGAAGAGAGGAGAAGAAAGCGAUUACUCCUCUAAGAGAAAUGACACCUGAGAGGAUUUUCGGAAAGAUGGGUCACUUGCAGAGGCUGCUUGAUCGGUUUCUAUCCUCUCGACCUACCGGUUUAGCAAAGAGCAGCCGGAUGAUUUUGGUCGCAAUGUACCCAAUAGUGAAAGAAAGUUUCAGGCUUUACGCCGAUAUCUGCGAGGUCUUGGCUGUUUUGCUUGACAAGUUUUUCGAGAUGGAGUAUACUGAUUGUGUUAAAGCCUUUGAUGCUUACGCUAGUGCGGCCAAACAGAUCGAUGAGCUCAUUGCUUUUUACCAUUGGUGCAAGGACACUGGCGUGGCGAGAUCUUCAGAGUACCCUGAGGUUCAGAGGAUCACUAGCAAACUGUUGGAGACGCUAGAGGAGUUUGUGAGAGACAGAGCUAAAAGGGCUAAAAGUCCUGAACGGAAAGAGAUUGAAGCUCCUCCUCCUCCUGCUCCUCCUGUGGAAGAGCCAGCGGUUGAUAUGAAUGAGAUCAAAGCCCUUCCUCCUCCAGAGAAUUACACUCCUCCACCUCCACCCGUACCAGAGCCGAAACCUCAGCAGCCGCAAGUAACAGAUGAUCUAGUUAACCUGAGGGAAGAUAACGUCACUGCCGAUGACCAAGGGAACAAGUUUGCUCUCGCGCUUUUCGCUGCUCCUGCUAGUGGUAACGGAAAAUGGGAAGCUUUCUCUUCUGAUAACGAGGUGACAUCUGCGUGGCAGAAUCCAGCAGCAGAGCCAGGGAAGGCGGAUUGGGAACUUGCGUUGGUCGAGACAGCUAGUAACCUAGAGAACCAGAAAUCCGCAAUGGGCGGUGGUUUAGACCCGUUGCUACUCAACGGGAUGUACGAUCAAGGAGCGGUGAGACAACACGUGAGCACCUCGGAGCUAACCGGUGGAAGCUCGAGCAGCGUGGCGCUUCCUUUGCCUGGUAAAGCCAACAACGGUGUAUUAGCACUCCCUGCACCAGAUGGAACCGUUCAGAGAGUGAACCAAGACCCAUUUGCGGCGUCGCUAACCAUACCGCCUCCUUCUUAUGUGCAAAUGGCUGAGAUGGACAAGAAGCAAUAUCUGUUGACUCAGGAGCAGCAGUUGUGGCAGCAAUAUCAGCAAGAAGGAAUGAGAGGUCAAGCUAGUUUGGCUAAGAUGAAUACAGCCCCAACCGGAAUGCCUUAUGGGAUGCCGCCGGUUAACGGGAUGGGACCUCCGCCGAUGGGGUAUUAUUACAAUAACCCUUACUGA